GCACGUUAUUGCAAAUUGCAAAUGGCGUCCGCGUGACGGGUGAUCGCUCUCCGUCAAAAUGCAUACGCGAUGUUAUGAAAAGUUAAAAUAUUUCUAAAGUGACGUCUACAAGACUUCUUACAAUGUGCGAAAGAGAUAUCCAAACUAAAACAAUAUACUUGUGAGUUCCAGUAUUCUAUAUAUAUACAGUCUAGUCUUAAAGUUUCUUAUUAAAAUAAAAACCAAACGAGUAUUCCUUGUACUUAAAAUAUUUCUACUUAAUAAUAAAGCUGUGAUAAAGGAGAAUAUUGUGGACUUUUUGUUAUUUUAAAUAUAAAUGCUGUGCAAUUUUUUUAACCAAUAACAGUGCAAUUAAUGUUAUGAAGGACUGAGAGAGCGUCGGCCAAAGAUAUUUUAAUACUUAGGUAGGAAUGUUUUUAUAAAACGACAUUAGUUUUGAUCCGUCGUCGAGUUUUGACACAUCGACAGAAGAUGGCGCUACCUCCGCAACAGUUCUGCGUUAGAUGGAACUCAUACCACACAAAUUUACAGGCGGUUUUCCCCCGUCUACUACUAACCGAGCAAUUCGCGGACGUGACCUUGGCGUGCGAGUCAAGACAGCUGCGCUGCCACAAGCUUGUGCUGUCCGCUUGCUCUGCGUACCUCGAGCGGCUGCUGUUGCAGAACCCCUGCAAGCACCCCAUCGUGCUCAUGAGAGAUAUGAGGUUCAGCGAAAUGCAGGCGCUAGUUGACUUUAUGUACAAGGGCGAGGUGAACGUCACGCAGGAGGAGUUACCCAGCCUCCUAAAGUCCGCAGAAGCGCUGCAGAUCAGAGGUCUGUGCUCGAGCGACACGGCGGGGCUGAGCUCGGAGCUCGCUCCUGAGGGAAAGGACUUCACCGUUGCUAGCGAAGCCUUAGUGGCGAACGCCCAGAGAGAAGCCACCACAAACGGUCCAACACCCCAACAACAAAAACCAAUCACCAACAACAACAAUAACAACAACACGAGCCCAACAACAAGCACAACGACAGUCAAUGGACCAAAGAAGCGAAAAUCGGAGGAGCGAGAACGGAACCCGGAAGUCAAGGAAGUGAAAGAGGAGACUGUGGAAGAAGACGGCCUGUAUUACGGAGAACUGGACAACGACCAUAUUGAAUAUAACGAAGAGGAAGAAUCUGGAAAACCCGGCAGUAGUCUAGGGCAAACAUCAGAGUUCGCGAUAGCCAACGUGCAGUGCCAAUACGACAGUCCGUCAGACAACGAGCUGGAUACGGAGCGACCGGCGGCGAGACCUCCGGACGACCACACCUACGACUUGCGCGACGAGCCGCCAGCCUUCAUCAUCCACCAAGUUAACCACACACCUGGAUUACCAGCUUCGGCCCCUUUCGUGGAAGUGAGGCCCAAGAUAAUGACUAUAGGACCGGGCUACACAUCAGGAGUGAACGUCAUCCACGUGGGAGAUCCGCCACAGAUGAGCCAGCCUCCGCCGGCGGAGUACAACAUGAACAAGCGCAUCCGGCGCAGUGAGGUGGUGCUGCGGCAAGCGGCCGACUGUGUCAGCCGCGGUCUCACCUUCCAGACCGUUUCCGAGAAGUUCAACAUACCCAUCUCCACUAUACGCUUCUUUAUGGCGCGGAAAGGCAUCCUGCCGCGUCGACGCCGCGGCCGCUGUGCUCAAAUGAGUCGCACGAGCAAUAGUCCCGAACCGCCAUUCCAUAUGCAGCACUACAAGCUGCCCGAAAUGUCGCUACGACCCGAGGAGACAGACACCAGCUCGCCCCCAGAACUGAAGCAACAAUAAAUCGCAUCUUACAGUACCUCGACCGUAUCCAUAUCAUGGAUAAGUACCUUUGUUAACAUGUUCAUUAUCAUACGAAAUGACGUUUUGUUAAUGCCUACUUUUGUUUUUUUUUGGUAAAAGUGUUUUCGUAUUUCAGCCUACUUUUUAAUAUUGUUGUUGUCAUAACUACCUACUACAUGUUACGAUAGUAAAGAUAAUAACGGCAAAUUUAAAAAAAAAAGCUUAAAAUGUUUAUGGUUGGUGUAAAUUAUGAAGUCCCAACCUGUACUGUGUUUUUUUUGUACCUGUCAAUAAUAUUAUCAUUUUAAUUUAGCCUCACUAUGAGUAACUAAACCUCGGCUAUUCAAUACGCUAACAGCAUUUUGUAAUGAAAUAAAGAUAUGUUCUUACGUACUUUAAAAAAAAUUGUGAAUAUAAUAUGUUAUCUGUUUAGAAUCUCCAAUUGUAUAAAUCCAGAAUUGUAGUAUGUCGUAAUACUUUAGUAAGUAAAAUAGAUGUAUGUGUAAAAGAUAGGUUAAAUAUUGUAUAGAACGACAACCAGCUUUUAAUAGCAACGUCCUACGACUAAUGUGUAACACGAUCAGCGUUGCCAACUCUUUAUAAAUAACAACUAUUUAUAGUUUUACUCUGAGGAUUUUAUGGUCAAAAAUUAAAAUACAAUAUCACCACGACGUUUCCAACAAACCUUAUUUAUUUUAUGAUUUCUAUUUGUGCUCUUUUUAAAUGUCUCAACUUUUUUCUGAGUAAUCUCAUUUCUUUCUUUAGUAUAAUCAUUGUAUAAUAUGUAUGUACUAUACGAUGAAACUAGGUACGAUACCUAUUCGCAAACGAUAUGAUUGCGUUCAAUGAUAUUAUAUACUGUAGAUAUGAUAUUAUAAAAAAUGUUGCAAACAAUAACGGCACUCAUUCAUACACAUUACUUUCAUUCAUCUUAUGGCUUAGCCACAUUAUGCUGCUCGCGCUGCCACAAUGUUGCCCUCUCUGGCCACACACUGCUCUACUCGUGCAAUUAAUUGCGACGUUUCGCACAAGUCGCUCGCGUUUACAACACAAUGGUUAAUGAAACUGUGGUUGUAUAAUUAUAUCAAUGUCACAAAAAAGGAGGUCGUUUUAGCCAACGGAGAUGGUGGAUGAUAUCUAUUUAUCGCGAGAGAACGAUGCGAGCGCUCGAUUCGGACUGUGUUUGCGCGAGUCUGUGGCCAGCCACUCGCGCUCAAUUUGCCAGUCCUUUGACUCGCAUCCAAAAAGCCGACAAAACAGGGAGCGAUGGGCAUGACGAGGAGCAUGACGUGCAGCAUGACGAGUAUUGUGGCCACACUACGUCUCUGCCUCCUUUCCUCGCUACUUCCCAUGCCACUUGACGAGUGUGUGGCAGGGGGGUUACUCAGGCCACCAAUCACCGCAUAUAUGUAUGUCUGGAGUGCACAGGUCUUUAUCGUCCUCGCGUCAAAUUUAUUUGCUGUCUCUUUCUUUUUUUCUUGUGUUUUCUUAACUUAAAAAUCAAUUGGUACACCUUUUAAAUCACACGAUAGCAUUUUUAUUAUUGUUAAAAAAAUUUAUGCACCGACUUUCUCGUCUUGUGUGGCGAGGACUAAAUACAAAAGUCCUAGUUAUGACGUUUUCGAGUCUUCACCACGCGCGCGCUAACAAUAUAUUUACUUCUGCUGUAUAUAAUAUAAUAUCAAUGAUUACGUUAUAUACAUUUUCCCUCUAUUUUUCAAAGACUUGUAUGCUAUAUUAUUUGCUAUUUUUAUAGUUUGUUCGGUGUUACAAACAAUAAAUAUUUUUGUAAUGGUUUUUUAUAGAUUUUAUUUGAAAUGUCUUUAAUUUCAAUACUAUAAUAUGUUCCUUUAGCUGAAACGGUUAGUGUUAAAUACUAACUACUUAUUUUUAUUGCGUUGUUAUUAUAAGAAAUUCACCUCACAGUAAUUAGUUAUCACUACCUACCAACCUACCUAUUUUAAUGUUUAUUUUAAUUCGCAAAUCAAGAUAGCGAUAUUGCGCUUCAGGUCUCAUACAACAAUUAGAUAAUAAAGUUUAUUUAAUUAUUUUACAAGGAAAUUAUGAAUUAUAUUAAUUAAUUUAGUGAUUGGUUUAUGUCGGACAUGUGUUAAUACACUUGAUAGCUUGAGAAAGAACUGUAUUAUACAUGGAUUAGUGUUUUAGACAAGUUAAAUAUGUUAGUUAGUAGAUAUGUCUUUAUUUAGUUUUAAUUCCGACAUUUUUGUGAUUUAUUUUAUUUAAGCGAAUUGUAUAUAUGUAAUUUUUAUGACUGAUGUUUUUGGCAGCUAGGCAGUAUCUAUAGGAUUAAGUCGUUGUUUUAAUUUAAAAAAAAAACAGAUGUCACACUGCGCGGCAUAGAUAUUUAUAUCUAUAUCACCAUCGGAGCACUUGUUUUGUUGUUUCCAUUAUUAGUUCACAUACGCAAACACACAAAACCUAUCACUUUUACGUAUCACCAUCCACUUCAAACCAUUAUUUAAAAGAUAAUACAGGAUCAAAAAUAUAGCCUUUUAUAAUCUGGCAACACUAUUUAGCCGGUGAGCAGACAAGCGCGGGAUUCAGAUCAGACUGCGUAAGUAAGAGGGGUGGUCAUCGGCAAACUAUCUUAUAAAUAAUGUAUAGCAACUAUCAAUAACCAAAUUUUUGUCAACGCAAACAAAUAAGUGAUAAUUAAAGUCAGUCGCUUUGUUAAUCUUCUAUGUUUGAGAGCGCACAGACAGCUGACAGUUGGCGAAGGUAUCUCAAGGCGCCUAAGCAGACAGAUACCUUAUCUUGAGAAUAACAUCACCAUCAGAGCACUUGUUUCACCAUUUUCACUAAUAGUCCACAUGCACAGACAUUUAAUAAACAAAAUCGCACCACUUUUACAUAUCAAAAUCCACUGUAAACCAUUAUUUAAACAAUAAUACAAGAGCAGUAAUCCUCCACCGUUCAAGUUCCCGCAAAAACUUUUAAAAUCACAAUUUUUUUAAUAACUGGAUUUACGGCUCUGGGAUCUAGCCCUUCUGAGCCUGAAGUUACAAUAUAUUAUAAUUAUCCUUCAUAGUAUACUGCUUCACAAUAUGUUGAUGCGCCACAUUGUGCAGCCCUUGGGAGAUUUUGACGGCAACUUGAGCCAGCAGACAGCUGACGGUUGGCGAUGGUAUUUUAAGGCACCUAAGCAGACAGACACCUUAUUCUGAGAAUCACAUCACCAUCAGAGCAUUUGUUUCACAGUUUCCACUAAUAGUUCACAUGCGCAGACACUUAAUACACAAAAUAGCACCACUUUUACAUAUCAAAGUCUACUUCAAACCAUUAUUUAAACAAUAAUGCAGGAGCAGCAAACCGCCGCCGGUCAAGUUCCCGCCAAAACUCUCUUAUAAUCACAAGUAUUCCAUGCCACAUAGUGUAACAUAAUGUUUGACGUAUUAUUAUAUUAUUAUAGUUUAGAACCGCUUUUGUAGUUAUAUUUUGACAGCAGUAUUAUGUUACGAACAAUAUAUUAGAAUCAGUAGAUUUACCCUUUAUUUGAAUCUACUAUAACUGUACAUAUUUAUACUAUAUCAAGUAAAAUACCACUUGAGUUAUAUUUAAAUCAUUGUAUAAAUAGCUUGUUUUAGUCCCAUUUCAUAACUAAAUUUUUGUAACACAAAAUGGAAAGCAACAAUUUAAUACAUGUUUAAACAGUAAGUUUAUUAGUGUAUAUUUUCCCAUUUUAUGGGUCGACUAAAUAGUUUUAAGUCUUGUUUUAAUAUAACUAUUAUACUAAUGCAUUUAUUAGCUUUCCGAACGUACCUAAUAGGUAUUAAAUUAUUUAUUACAGAUAUCGAAAACAUUUUCUUUUACAAUUUGAUAAUCGAUCUUGUUUUAGGUUAAUCGAUUUGUUCUUAUAAAUAGUCCUCAUUGAAGAACUAAGUAAUGUAACACAAAAACAAAAAAAAGCUUUUCUUAUUACGAAACCGUAUUUUAGAUUUUUGUAAAUAAAUUACAGAUUGUUAAUAAUUCCAUACAAAGUUUCGUAUGGACAACAAAGACUUGUAUGUAUAAAACUAGACGGGCUAUGCGGCCUUAAUAAAGUUACGGUUCUCCAUAAUUCGUUUAUUCAAACAACCGACGAGAAGACUACUUACUUCUUUGUCUUAUAAACCCUUAAAGUUGUUUUCGACAAUCUAAUACUGAUUUUGUUAAAUGUAACCAAGAAAACGCUGUCAUUAUUUUUGUGCGCACUUUGUCAAUGUGAUUUGAAGCUUAUUUCGUACUAGCUGUUCCCCGCGACUUCGCCCGCGUGUAAUUUAUUACGAUUGGAUUUCAUGUGUUUUAAUUUUUUUGCGCGGAACACUAACUCUUUCAAAAACAAAAAUAGCCUAAGUUACUCUUUAUAACAUCAGCUAUCUGCCAGUGAACGUGCCGCCAAAAUCGUUCCAGCCAUUCCGGAGAUUAGCCGGAACAAACAGACAGACAGACAGACAAAAAUUUUAAAAAUUGUGUUUUCGUUAUAAGUACCGUACAUAUAUACUUUCAUAUGCAUUUAAUAAAAAGCUGUUAUUUUGACAUUACAAACAGACACUUCAAUUUUAUUUAUUUGUGUAGAUAAGUAUUUAACAAUAUUUCGAGUGUAUUUUUUUUUGUAUGUUACGCGAUAUCUUCGCUGACUUAAUUUUUUAAAAGAACCAAUUUUGAUAUGAAAUAUGUAAUACUAUAAUUUGGAGAAAAAGUUUUCACCCUUAAGGGUAACAAAUAAAUUGCAGUUGAUCAUGAGCGGCGGUAGUCACUUUCCAUCGGGUGAGCUGCAUGAUCGCUUGCCCCCUCUCCUAUAAUAAAAAAAAACUUAUUUUUUAGCAAUUUGAAGUCGGUUUUUGUUUUUUGUUAAAGUUAUAAUUAUUGUUCUGAAUUGCCGGUCUAGUAGUGUAUAUAGAUGUCUUUGAUAGACAGUAAAGAAUUAGAUAUGAAACGGGACUGCCUUCAUCACCAAACGCGCAGCUGCGAAGUAGAGACGGAUAUUCUAUAAACUGGGUUUAUUUAUACUAAGAGGUACGAGUACAAACGUGCCAUGUUCACUCAGUUUGUCCAACAUAGGUAAGCCGAGAGCCGCUUGUAUGGACGAAGCGGGAUCUAGUUUUGCAACGCAUAUACAAUAUAUAGUAGACGUGAGAGUGUGUGUAGACAUUAUACAAAUGUAAUAAAGUAUUUUUGUGU